AUGAUGCAUUUGGGAAGAUUCCGUCUCCAGGUCUACUUGAAAUCUCAUUGGUUUUUGAUGGAAGUUAUCAAGAAUGCCAGCUGUGCCGGUGGAAACAUUAAUAAUAUUGGAACAACAAUUGCAUUCCGGAGAGCAGUUUGUAUGCCCGAUUCCUGUGGAAGUAGUGAUACUGUUAACCUGUAUAAUCAACUGACCGGGCUACCAUUGACUGCUUGUGCCACUUUUUGUGCUCACAGAGAUGUUCCUAAAGACGUUGCACUUUGGGGAUUCACAACAUUCCUCGUAGCUAUCCUCACAUUUGCUGUUUUAGCCACUACUGUUGAUUUUCUUCGAGAAUCGUUGUACUCGAUAACGAGUAAAACUGUGGAAACAACUUUUUCAUUUUUCCGUGUUCUCUACGCUUUCUCUUUCUGGACAAAUGCUGGUUCAAUUCUGAAUGUAUCCCCUCAGCCAUCUACUCAUAUCAAAUGUCUCGAUUGUCUUCGUGGAAUAUCUAUGGCAUGGGUUCUCUCUGCGCAUAUGCUCAAUUACUUCGCGUUUUCAGACACUCUAAUGCCAAUUAAAUCAUUUGCUGAUUACUUCGCAGACUCUUUUUUCAUUAAUGCAAAUUUCUCAGUUGACACUUUCUUUUUGAUUUCGGGAAUUACAGUAGCCUAUUCUUUUUUCAAGUUGAAACCAACUCCAAAAACUCUGAAAUCUCCUUCCACAUGGAUACUUUUCUACGUUCACAGAUAUAUUCGAUUGACUCCUCCUUAUAUGAUUUUCAUCGGGUUUUAUGCAGUUUAUUCACUAUAUAUUCAAGGUCCUCUUGCUGCUUCUCUUUUUAACUUCACAGUACUUCAAGUGGAAGCCUGCAAGGCUUCUUGGUGGAGAAACUUGGUUUAUAUAAACAAUUUUGAUAAUGGUGAAAAUCCGUGUUACGGUCCUAGUUGGUAUCUAGCAGUGGACACCCAACUGUACUUGAUUGCUCCGAUUCUUUUAGUUGCUCUGGCCUGGAAACCGAUUUCUGGAGUACUUCUCUCUUUAAUUGGCUGUGUUGGAAGCAUGAUAACUGUGUUUGUUCUUUACUUCAAGUUUGAUAAUAUGACUGCAGAUUCAUUCCAUUCAGAUCCUUCCGGAAAAUUCAACUUCUAUCUUUAUCAAAAACCAUGGAUCAGAUGUCCGCCAUACCUGGUUGGUAUUCUAGUUGGAUAUCUUCUAGCUAAACGUCCACCACCUACAAGACUGGCAAUGUGGAAGAAAGUUAUAUUAAUUAUCAUUUCGAUAGGCUUGCCUUUCACAUGUUUGACAGCUAACAGGGGAUACGAUGAGGGAAAACAACAGUUACAACGAUGGUUCGUGAAAGCAACCUACUACAACUUUUCUCGAUUUCUAUGGUCGACUUCUGUUGCAUAUAUUGUUAUGGCAUGUCACUAUGGAUGGGCAGGUCCCAUCGGCAAUUUCAUGAAUCAUCCGAUUUGGCAACCACUCGGUCGACUCUCUUAUUCUGCGUACAUAGUUCAUCUGAUGGUUGUUUAUUACUUUUUGAAUGUUGGUGAUAAACCAUUGCACUUUGUUUCCACAUGGCAAGUGUAUGUUUAUUACAUCUUGCCAGCUACAAUACUGACAUUUGCCUUUGCAUUUUUCUGGAGUUGUCUGUUCGAGGUACCGAUUGUGAAGCUAGAAAAGUUUCUUCUGGAAGUCUUGUUGAAAAAGAAAGUAAAACCAGAGACAUCACGAGGGAACGAUAUCGUAGAGGAGUUCUUCAGUUAUAGUUCCGUGUUUCUGGUAAUUGUUAGAAGUGACAGAAUGAAUUUGCCAGUUUGGUUCAUUUAUAUUGGAGAUGUCCUAUUCUGUGGAAUGUUUGGAAUGUCAAUGGCAAUGUUUGCACUUCAUUUCGUUUAUCGAUAUCUCGUUGUUACAGGGAAUGUGUAUGUGAAAACUUUGAAUUGUCAGAAGUUGAUUGUUUGGUUAUUGGCCCCGUUGUUAUACGGAACACUAUGGAUUACUGUUGUUUUUACUACGUUACACCCGAAUGAGUAUUCCGAUAGGAUACUGAAUAAUCACUAUCUCCCAGGCAAAGAUCUAAUUCCCGAGGAGAAAACGUAUGUUGGUCCAAACUAUUACAUUGGGGAAAAUGAUAAAGAGUCUCUGAAUUGGAACACGAUAAUUGGAAUGACUAUUCUAGACAGUAUGGUGACAGUUUCUGUCAUUAUCAUCAUAAUAUUUGCUACCAAAUGCUAUAAAAUAGUCCGCGAUCUAGCUCAGUCAUUCCAACACUCAAAAAACUACAGAGAUCUUCAAGCUCAAUUACUCAAUUCAUUAGUUGCCCAAAUGAUAAUUCCUGCUAUUCUCAUGCAGGCACCUGCACUUUAUCUUUUCACUUUUCCAAUAUUGAACAUGGGGAACGAGCUUGUAGGCAAACUGUUCUGCAUCGCUGUGGCAAUAUAUCCCGUAAUAGAUCCACUCCCCACAAUGUUAAUGAUUCAACAUUAUCGGAACGCGUUGAUUGACACUGUCACAUCGAACAAAAAGAAUCAAGCAGGGCAAAAACGACAAAAAUCCGUCAAAUCUAUGCCUGCGAAUGUUGCAAAUGUAGAUUCAUGA